UUGACUCUGGGAAUCCUGCUCAUUGGUCUGCUUUUCCUAAUUAUGUCAAUGAAUACCUACCUAUGUGUGCAGUAGAGCUAAAGGAAGAAGGUGAAAACCACCUCAGAUUUCCAUGAUCCAGGAGUAACUGCUGUGAACCUCCACUUCUCCAUCCUGCUCCCAUUUCCUGUUUCCACCCUCAUCCAGUUUGCUUUUCCAGGAUCUUUACUGCUUCCUUUGAUGGGGGUGAGGACUCUCCCUAACCACCCCAUCUCCUGAAGGAACUGUUGCCCCAUCAUAGCCAGCAUUUGAUAGCCCAAGGGCAAGUUUAUGUAUUUGAGAACCAUGUUUUUCUUCUAUAACUAAAAACCUGAAAAUCCUUCAGUAUUACAUAGCCCAGUGUCUGUAGAGCACAAUCGUUUUGAAUUUCAGUCUGCUUCUGCUGUGUGAUCUUGGGAAAGUCAUUAACCCUUUUGGGCCACUAUCACUAUUUGAAAUGAAGAGGCUGAACCAAAAUGCCCUUUCCAGGGGAAAGCAAGUGGUGAAAUUAGGCCUAUUUAGGGAAUAGAGAAUAGCCUGUGGGACAGGUUUGUGCCUGUUUUUUGGUAGAGUUGAGUAAGAAUUGUCAGAAGCUGAUAGACAGAGGAUAGAUAUAUAGAUAGGUGAUUGAUAGGUAAAUGACAGCUAGAUGAUAGGUGAUUGAUAGAUUAGAUGAUAGAUGACAGAUGAUUGAUAGAUUAGAUGCUAGAUAGAUAGAUAGAUAGAUGAUAGAUAAAAGGGAACCAAAUACUGUCUCUGUGCCCUGGGCAUUUUUGCCAGGCAGGGGAAAUUGCAUCAUUGGGGUCAGAGUUGUAUGGCCCACAGAGGUCAGCUCAGAGGUUGGGAGGAGGUUGAUGACCUUGUGUGGGAACCAACCUCAGGGGAAUGAAUGAUGUUGGGGCCUCUUAGGGGCCUCCACUCUUGGAGUUUGGACUCCCCUUUCUCUGUGGGUCUAAGCUGGCUUCCUUCCACUGUGGAAUUGUGCUAACACUGACCCUUUAGUGAUUUUGCCUUUGUUGUUUUUUGUUUUCCGCUAUCCUCAUUAGCAGAGGUUUUGCUCUUAUACACUUCAUUGUCCCAGUGACUUCUUAUAUGCCAGUCACUGGCGGGUAAAUGCCAGAGGGACACUGAGGACUCAUCAGGAGGGCUCAGCCUUCUCUCAGAGAGGAAGCCAAGGUGGCCAGAUUACGAUCUGUUUUUUCUGGUAAAUGUCCUGGGUAGGAAAUGUUAUUUGUGAGUUUGAAAUAUCCACCAAGGGCAGAGGGUGCCCUGAAGACAAACAGGAAUCAAGUGGUCAUUUUCUUGGCCCUGAAGUGAUGCUCUGCCUCUGUGAUGUCACAGUUGGCUCCUCACAACCUAGUUCAGCCUAGCACAGUACAUGACAGUGGUCACUGGGUUUCUAUCUGGGCAGGAUAGCACCUGUGCAUCAGGGAAAAUAGACCAAGCUCUCACAAGGGCAGUAUCAUCCUUUGGAAUUUGUUCAUUUUAGUUACAUACUCGUCAGGAGCUUUUAAGGGAAUAUGACCAUUUUCCCAGUGAGCAGUGGCAUAAACAUUGAGGACUCUCUUAAAUCAAAAGAUGAAUGAAUGGAUGGAAUCUUUGCUGGGAUAAUAUGCAAACCAGGUAAUAUGUGCCUGACCUGGAUCUCCCAACAGCUGUUUAGUGAAAAAAUAAGUGGUGCUGAAGGAACUAAACUAGACGACGAAUUUCUUGACAUGGAAAGGAAAAUAGAUGUUACCAAUAAAGCUGUUGCAGAAAUUCUUUCAAAAACCACUGAAUAUCUUCAGCCAAAUCCAGCAUACAGAGCUAAGCUAGGAAUGCUGAACACUGUGUCGAAGAUCCGAGGGCAGGUGAAGACCACGGGAUACCCGCAGACAGAAGGCUUGCUGGGGGACUGUAUGCUGAAAUAUGGGAAGGAGCUCGGGGAAGACUCCACCUUUGGCAAUGCAUUGAUGGAAGUUGGUGAAUCCAUGAAGCUAAUGGCUGAGGUGAAAGACUCUCUUGAUAUUAAUGUAAAGCAAACUUUUAUUGAUCCACUUCAGUUACUACAAGAUAAAGAUUUAAAAGAGAUUGGGCACCACCUGAAAAAGCUGGAAGGCCGCCGCCUGGAUUAUGAUUAUAAAAAGAAAAGAGUAGGUAAGAUACCAGACGAAGAAGUCAGACAAGCGGUAGAAAAAUUUGAAGAGUCAAAGGAGUUGGCUGAAAGAAGCAUGUUUAAUUUUUUAGAAAAUGAUGUAGAACAAGUCAGCCAGUUGGCCGUGUUCAUAGAGGCAGCAUUAGACUAUCACAAACAGUCCACAGAGAUUCUGCAGGAGCUGCAGAGCAAGCUACAGAUGCGAAUAUCAGCUGCAUCCAGUGUCCCCAGACGAGAAUACAAGCCAAGGCCCGUGAAAAGGAGUUCUAGUGAGUUCAACGGUGUUUCUACCACCUCUGUAGCAAAGACGACAGGUUCUAACGUUCCCAUGGACCAGCCUUGCUGUCGUGGUCUUUAUGACUUUGAGCCAGAAAACCAAGGAGAAUUAGGAUUUAAAGAAGGGGACAUCAUUACGUUAACCAAUCAAAUAGAUGAAAACUGGUAUGAAGGAAUGAUACAUGGGGAAUCCGGAUUCUUCCCCAUUAAUUAUGUUGAAGUAAUCGUGCCUUUACCUCAGUAAUUGUAACACAAACUGGACAUAACUUUCGUAACUGAAAUGAAUUCACACCAAUGUGCUCUCAGUGUGGUGUUCUGUGACAUCCUUUGCUCGAUGACCAACUUAAUGACUUUUUUACGUGUGUUCUCUGUAUAAUGUAUUUUGUAUCAAUUUAAUUUGUAUAAAUGAUUUUCUUGUCCUUGCUACAUGAAAAUAUUUUCUUUUUUGCUUCUUGUCCUAAAAGUCAUUGGUUAAAUGUAUGUGCUUCCUGUUGCUAAAUAUAAGCCUCACCCAUUGCAGUUAUGUCAACAAAUGGCCUAUAUUCCUCAACUGCAAUGAAAUGGUAACAUUUGAAACUAAGAAAUGCUAAAUAUUUUGUUUCUCGACAUUCCUGAUGAUGUCUGGUCUUUUCUCUUCUUUGUAUUUUAAGCUUACCUGUGAAUAGCCCAAUAAACAUGACACACUGUGUUGGCAGAA